CGGGUGUGGUAAAUCCUCUUGUCCAUCAGUGACGCGAGUGUGAUUGUCUACUUCAUACGUUUCGAAUAUCGAUCUCUCGAAUCUUCUCUGGAGAAUUUUGACGAAUUGAAUAGCAAACCAUGUCAGCAAGAAAAACAGCUGGUCGUCGUGGCACGACGAAAAAGAGGGCACAGAGGGCAACAUCCAAUGUAUUCGCAAUGUUCGAUCAGGCACAGAUAGCCGAGUUCAAAGAGGCAUUCAACAUGAUCGAUCAUAAUCACGAUGGAUUCAUUGAUAAGGAGGACCUCCAUGACAUGCUUGCAUCCCUGGGGAAAAAUCCCACUGACGAGUAUCUCGAGGGCAUGAUGAAUGAGGCCCCAGGCCCAAUAAAUUUCACAAUGUUUUUGACACUCUUCGGGGAACGUCUCCAGGGCACUGACCCUGAAGACGUCAUCAAGAACGCAUUCGGCUGCUUCGAUGAGGAAAAUAACGGGCACAUCAAUGAAGAACGACUCAGGGAACUCCUGACAACAAUGGGAGACAGAUUUACGGAUGAUGAUGUGGACGAGAUGUACCGCGAGGCCCCGAUAAAAGGCUCAAUGUUCGAUUAUCUCGAGUUCACCAGAAUUCUGAAGCACGGUGCCAAGGACAAGGAUGAACAGUGAAAUAAAUUCAGCAUAAGUCUCCCAAUGCUUUCACUUUUCCUUGUAGCUCCUGGAGGCACUGAUGAGCCACCAGGUCAUUAUCUGCGUCGAGGAAAUCAUUCACUAAAUUAAGGAAUCUGGCAUUUCGUACGUAUACACGCGAUAGGGACUAGUAAAUUUAAUCCAUUGAGACUAUAAAAUAAUCAUCAUCCUUUUACAUUACUUAAUCCUCGAUGUACUGCAUUUCUCUCAAACUCCUGAUUUUUUGGGGCAUUUUUUUCGGAAUUUUCAGUGUUCAGAGUAGCUUUUACACGAAAAUUAAUCAUGGGAUAUUAAAUGAACGUAUGGACACUUGUAAAAUAUAUUAUAUAUGUUAAUUAACUGUUGUAGAAUCGGCAUUUGUAUUUUAAUAUAACGCAUACUAAAAAUUAGAA